AUGGUCAUGCUCCUCAACCGGCCGAUGUCAAAAUGUCACUCAAUCCAGUUGGCUCAAAUCCUUGAAGAUGAGAGGGCUGAGGGACCGGUGCAGAAUAACCUUGGCGCGAGCUUUAUUCGAAGUUGUGUCUGCCGGCCCGGAAAUCCGGAUGAACCGCUAAAAACUUCGAGAUUAGUUGAAGAAAGAUUGACACUUUUGGCAUUAACUUUAGUAAAUUACUCGAAUACCGUGCCUGAACACUGGAAGUUAUUGUGUGAAUUGUAUCGAAGAGCUACAAAAUCCUUAACCGGAGAAAGCCAAGAAUGCGCGAGGAUCGGCGGUCAUUGGGAAAGAAUCGGAUUUCAAGGAGCCGACCCAAGCACUGAUUUCCGGUCUGCAGGAAUGCUCGGCUUAAUCCAGCUGCACUUUUUCUGCACCGAAUCGGUAUCUGAUGAUAUAUUAAAAGAAAUAUUAACCUUAUCACAAGAUAGCGUACAGAAUUUCCCCCUCGCCGUCGUUGGUAUAAACUUCACCGCCCAAAUCAUUGAACGCCUGAAGAAACGAAUGCUAAAUGCAAUCAGCAACAGCUUCGAAAGUGUUUUUCAAACAAUUUCUCUCAUCUAUAGAGGCUGUCUUUUUGAAUUCUGCAAUCGCUGGCGGCUAAACAACUGCACAAUUAUCGAUUUCCAUUCGAAUUUGACGGCCAUCGGGCGUAUGAUGGACAAAGACCCGGCGUGCCUCAUUACUGUCAAAUAUCUGCCAAAGUUUGAGCAA